GUCGCAUUAUAGUUUCAUCACACUAAAAUGUCCUGGAAACCUCCUAACCAUCAUCCUACCUACAUCCGGGCAUAUUAUAUGGACAACGAAUGAACCAGUCCUCAAGGACACCCUUUAAAAUCUGAACGUCAAGCAACGAGUAGCAAACACUCAAUUUAUAGACUUAGAUUAGAUCUUACUUGCUUGGGCUAUCGUUUAACAUCAAGAUGAAAAGCGAGGUAUUGUCAAGUAAGGCGUUAGCAAUUCACAAAGUUGAAAUUGGCAGAAAAUUGGUUUCCCAAAGGAAAGGCACAAAACCAAACUCUAAUUUCGCAGGAGGUUCUCACAUAAGUCGCCGCUUCUGUAGAUGUUACAAAAUGCAACAGCAGGUGUAGUUUUCUUCUGUUAGUGUUUCCUAUACCCUACAUCAAGUGAUUAGAAAACUGGGCACGUACAUAUUUAUCUAAUAUUGUAAUAUAUUGUAUUUAAUUAUUUGUACUAAUUAAUUAAUUAAUUCUCACAUAUUAAGUGCUGCUUAAAACACUAAACAUCCUGUAAAAGAAUUGUUGAAACAAGCAAAACAUCAUGCACGUGUAUUAUCUUGUCAUAUAAUUACAUAUUUCGUCCACCAUUUAAACCAAGAAGCCCGAUAUGUUAAAAUAUAAACAGUUUUUAUUCAAUGAUAGGAUAAAAACGAUAGUGUAUUGACAAAGAUAAAACUAAAGUCUACCGCAAUUGAGCUUAUAAAAUUAUAUUUAUACAUUUAUGAAGAAUCCAGACUGUAAGUUAUGUACAUACUAUCAAUGAUAGUGGCGAGUCGGCGAUGACGUACAUGUAGAUCUGGACUUUGUAUACGUAAGUGAGAGGUAUGUGUGCUUAUGGACCAAGGUUGUAUAUAAGCUCCACCUUCACACCCUCAUCUCAUUAGUACCGUCUGGCGAAACUACACUUCACAUACAGAAGCAAAACUGAAUUAAGAUGCUAGCUUUUAUCCUCAUCAUCUUUACUCUCCUCUUUGUGACCGCCCUUGUGGUCAUUCGAUGGCAAUGGCGUAACUUGAAAAUCAAGAAGCGCGAGGACCUCUAUGUCCUUAUAACCGGAUGUGACUCAGGCUUCGGUAACCUGCUGACCAAACAUCUUGACAAUCUCGGCAUUAAUGUGUUUGCCGGAUGUCUGACACAAAAAGGAGGCGACGAUCUAAGAAAAGCAACAUCUAAUCGAGUUUGCAUUAUUGACCUUGAUGUCACCAACCAAGACAGUUUACACAAAGCUUAUGAAGAGGUGAAGAGUAGACUACCUGAUGGAAGAGGACUCUGGGGAUUAGUCAAUAAUGCCGGUAUAUUCGGGCAGAGUUGUUACGUUGCCUCUGAUUGGCUGAACAUCGACGACUAUAAGUCUGUGAUGGCCGUGAAUCUGUACGGAACCAUAGAAGUGACGAGGACAUUCCUGACGCUCAUUAGGAGAGAGAAAGGUCGAAUUGUCAACACGACCAGCGUGUCCGGUAGAGUUGCUAUUGGCGGGGCUCCAUAUGUCUGCUCCAAGUACGCCGCGGAGGGAUUCGCUGAUUCUUUAAGAUCUGAGCUGUGGAAAUCGGGUGUAUCUGUGCACAUCAUAGAGCCGAGUGGAUACAAAACCAACUUCUGUUCCGGAGAGGGAAUUAGAGAGAACCUGAGGAAACGGUAUCAAGCGCUUGAUGAAGAGAAGAGGGAAUAUUACGGAGAAGACUUUGUGAGUAAAUUAACAUCGGGUAUGGAUUUCGAACGCAACAUGUCUUCAAAUCUCAAAGAGGUGAUCGAGGCAUAUACGCAUGCGCUGACUGCCCGCUUCCCGUCUGCGCGUUAUUUGGUAGGCUGGGAUGCCAAAACACUCUACCGGUUCCUAUGGUCAGCCCCAGAAUGGCUGAGUUCGUUCCUUCUUAGUAGACCAUGGCCAACACCAAGAGGAGUGCGAGUACAACACAAGAACAUAUAAUCUCCAUGGCGAUGGACAGUGGUAGUAUUUGCAACUAAGUGACCUUUGAUUAUGUCAACGUUAAAACAAGUGUCGAAUUUGUGUAUUAAGUUUGAGAUUUGGUAUAUUGGUUUCAUAAAAAAACGAUCAAAAUAUAGUACAUGUAUAUACAACUUUUCUUGACACAUACAUAAACGAAGUCUUAAGAUAUUUUGAUACCAAGACAUUGUGACACAGUUGGUUAUCUAAACGCUCAAAUCUUUAAAAUAGAGAAAUUAUUACGUAUGUAUUUGUAUUUUUGGAAAUAUUUUUUGAUUUUAUCUAAACUUCGCUUCUAGGCUUUAUCAUUAACUGGUUUAAGGAAACGUUGACAACGAAUACCAUGAACCAUAUGCUAUCAAUUUAAUAAUUCACGUUUGAUACUUAACAGAGAUAAUUGGUUUUCACUUUUUUAAAUAAUAUCAAACUAUUCAUCUUCUUGAUACUGAUAUUUCAUAUGUUGUUAUCAAAACUUAUAGACAUGCUUUGGCGACAACUUCAAAGAAAUAAAAAAAAAGUGUCACUUGUGUUUCAUAAGCUUUCAGCAUUACAAUUCUUUGUAGAUAUCAUUUUAACAUUAAUAUUUAUUUGUAUAUAUAUAUCACUUCUAGUCAACGCGUUUUUGUUAUUGGUUAAAGCUAACUUCAACGCUCGAUUAGUAUUUUCAAAGAAUGACCGAAUAUUUCUUACCACCUAAAUCAUAUGCAAAAUGAUAACAUGAUCUUGUAAUUAUUGAUUUCAACACAACUUAAGGAGAAAAAACAACAGAUUAUCUCCCUUUAUAAUUUAAUUUUCGGUCGGUCCGGAUAUUUUUGAU